AUGGAGGAGGCGGAGGUGGAAAUGCGAGAGAGGGCCGUAAUGGCCCAGGACCUGCUGGCUUUAGGGUAUGGGGAUUUCCUGGGGGCGGCAUCGCAAGGCAUUCGGUGCCCAGACUUCAGGGCAUUGUGCGUGCGGUUGGUGGCGGAGCUGGCAGCUCUAGGAGCCUUGAAGCAGGGACAGGAGGAGGGUGCCGAGGAGCGGAGUGACGGUCCUGACACGGAAGAAUUCCUGCGGCAGUUGGGAAACCAGCUGCGCGAGCUGCAUUGCCCCUACCGCUCGCUGUCCGGCGCAGACUUAGCAGCCGCUCUGCUGGAGCCGGGCGCAGGACUGCGUUUGCUGCACUUUCUCUGCUCUGAGCUUCAGGCUGCGCGCCUCCUGCACUGGCAUCAUCCACCGGCCCCCAGCCCUGAGCAGCUCCUUGGAGAAGGGACAGAAGAGGGAGCUGGCAUGGUCCAGGAACUGACCUUUACCCUCCAAGCCCUGGGGCUACCCAGACCAGCUCCAGGGACCCCUGCCAGCCGGCUGCUGCAGGAAUUGCAUGCCAAGAUCUACGAGCUUCUGCCUGCCUUGCCCCCUGGGUCCAUGCAGCCCCUGCUCACCUCACCACUUGAUGCACCCAGAUGGGAAGCAUUGGAGCCACUGUCGCAAAGCCUACGAGAUCAGUACCGCUGUCGCCGCUGCCUUCUCAUCAGGCGACUGGACCUCACAAUAUCGGCCUUCCACUGGAGUGACCGGGCAAAGGCCCAGGGAGAGGCCAUGAAAGCAGUGCUGACCCCAAUUCGGGAGGUGCUGACCCCAGAAUCAGAUGUUUCCAUUGCUCAUGUCCUGGCUGCCCGAGCUGACCUGUCUCGUCUCGUCCCAGCCACCAGUGUGACUGUCCGCCAGGGGACCUGCUGUGCUAUCAACAAGGUGCUUAUGGGCAGUAUGCCAGACCGGGGGGGUCGUCCCAAUGAGCUGGAGCCUCCCAUGCCCAGCUGGCAGAGCCGAAGAGAGGGCACAGACAGGUGGAAGACAGGCCGCCAGUGCCGAGCCCGCAAGAAGAAGUAA